AUGCUUGUGGCAAGCGCUGCCCUCUCUCAUGCUCAAGGGACCGUCAAUCUUGGAACUGCAGGCAGUUUCGGGGCUCUUGCUCCAGCUGGUGUCAGCAACACUGGAGACACUGAGAUCAACGGAGAUGUCGGCACGACAGGGACUUCCGUCACCGGAUUCCCGCCAGGACUGUACACGGGAACUUUGGCCGUUGCAAACGAAGUCGCCAAACAAGCCCAAGCCGAUUCCACAGCGGCAUUCAAGCAAGGACAAGGACUGCCUCCGACACAGCGCUUCGGAGCAUUGGCAAGUCUCGCGGGCCUGACACUUCGUCCCGGUAUCUACAGCUUCGACUCUGCCGUCACCCUUGAUGGCAUGCUGACUCUCUCCGGCGACGGGCUAUAUGUCAUCCAGAUCGGGAGUUCGCUCACCACUGGCAGCGGCUCCAUGGUCAACCUCAGGGACCAAGCUGAUCCUUGUAGUGUGUACUGGAUUGUGAAGUCCGCAGCUACCAUCGGGACAACAAGCGCGUUCGCCGGCAACAUUUUGGCUGGUACUGACAUCACACUCAACACGGCUGCGGAGGUCCAAGGUGGUCUGUACGCGGGAUCCGCUAUUGUACUCGAUUCCGACAUGAUCAAUUCG